CCCCUCUCAGUCUCGCUCGAUUUGCUCUGUUGGGAUUUUGCAGCUCGGCGGCUUCAUUCACCAGCUCCCUUCCGAGAGACCCACUCCUGGAUCUGCGGCGUGGAUUUUAAUGCACGAGGAUGAGCAGAUCACCCCGAGGAGGAGCUCUCCUGGAAUGAUCGCAGGAGGAGGCGGAGAGGGGAAAGGCAGUGUGGAAGAAGGACGCGCAGGCGAAAUAAGAUCGCCGGGAAGCUGCCGCAGCAGACCAGGAAAUUGCUGGCAAACACCAGAUGGCCAGUGGCGCAGCAUGCCUUUGUUCCUAACCCCUGAACCGAGCAUCAAAUAGUCACUAGUUUCAGUGUUGGUUUCCCAAGAGAUGUCUGCAACCAGAGGCAAUGGAGAGCAGUGGAAGUCCUUGGAGUCCGUGGGAAUCAGCCGUAAGGAGCUGGCUCUUGCAGAAGCCCUGCAGAUGGAGUAUGAUGCCCUGUCCCGCCUGAGGCAGGACAAAGAGGAGAGCCAAGCCAAGCAAAAUGCUGACCAACCUCUCAUUUCCUGGGAUGAUCCCAUUCUGGAUUACAACAAACCUACUGUCAGGAAUGACUGCCGCAAUAUCAAGGUCAUGAGAGGCCUUUCUGGUUCAGACCCCACCCUCAAUUACAAUGCACUCUCUGGCCAGGAGGUUUCAAGAGCUUUUGGAACCAACAAUACUACCUCAUCUAGCAUGCUUUCUGAGCCAGAGAACCAGCCUUGGUGUAAGGGACCUCUCUCCAGUGACUAUUUGUACAUCUUUGACAGCACAGGGGGUGAUUUCCUCACUGAGCCUCUUAAUGGCACAAGUCGCCACAACAGCGGUGGCAGCAGCUCCCCCAAGAAGCUUUCUCCUCCACCAUUGCCUCCUCGCAUUGCCAUCUGGAACUCCCCUGAAGUGAAUCAAGCCUCCCUCAAAGGGUCCCAACCCAAUGAUAUCAACAUGUUCUCUUCAGCCCAGGAGAGGACUGAUGGAAAACUGCUAGGCCGUAGAAUCUCAGAAGAGGACCCGUAUACCACAGUGGACUAUGAUGGUAUCAACGAUGCUAUCACACGGCUGAACCUGAAGUCAACUUAUGACACUGAUCUUCUGAGGGAAGCUGCCUGGAGCUGGAAGGAAGGCAGAAGUAUAUUUGAGAAAGAAAGCAGUGGAAAGCCAGUUGCUCGCAGCAAAACUAUGCCUCCCCAGGUCCCGCCCAGGACCUACGUCUCCAGGUCUGAUGGUCGGAAGAAUGUUGCACCCAACAAGAACAGAAGGAUCUCAGCAGAUCCGGCUACUUCUCACCAUCGUCCUGUGGCCAAUGGCUAUGAGCUGUUUGAGGUCUCAGAGGAGAAGGACGAAGAGGUUGCUGCUUUCUGCCAUAUGCUGGACAUAUUGAGAUCUGGCUAUAGUACCAAGGACUAUUCCCUUACUGGUUAUGUCUGGAGCGCUGUCAACCUCAGCCCUGAACACCUUGGCCAUGGGAUCAGCUUGAAAGUGACCGUGGUUUAUGACAGCCUGCAGGAGCCUCUCACUUUCACCUGUGACUGCUCCUCUACAGUGGACUUGCUCAUCUAUCAAACAUUAUGCUACACUCACGAUGAAUUGCAUGACAUCGAUGUGGAUGACUUUGUGCUUAAACUGUGUGGCCUGGAAGAAUUCCUGCAAAACAAACACCCACUGGGAAGCCAUGAAUACAUCCAGCACUGCAGGAAGUUUGACAUUGACAUCCGGCUGCAGCUGAUGAAGAGGAAGGCUGUGCGCAGCGACUUGGCUAGGACAGUAAAUGAUGACCAGAGUCCUUCUACACUCAACCACUAUGUUCACCUUCAAGAGAGGCCAAUAAAGCAGACCAUCACUAGGCAGGCCCUGAGCCUUCUCUUUGAUACCUUCCACAAUGAGGUUGAUGCGUUCGUAGCAGCUGAGGAAGACUUCCAGCUGAAGGCGGAGCGGGUGAUCCAGUCUGUCAUGGCUAUCUGCAAUGCUUUGGCUGCUGUGGAGUCCCAGGAGAUCACGGGAGCCCUGAAUCAGUUGCCACCCUGUCCAUCUCGCAUGCAGCCCAAAAUCCAGAAAGAUCCAAGUGUUCUGGCCAUGAGGGAAAACAGAGAGAAAGUUGUGGAGGCUUUGACAGCCUCCAUCUUGGAUCUGGUGGAGCUCUACUGCAACACGUUCAAUGCAGACUUCCAGACGGUGAUCCAUGGCAACAGGAAGCACUAUCUUUCACAAGAGGCCCGACUCCUCACCUGCCCCCUCUCCUUCACAGUCUAUGCCACUCAUCGCAUACCCAUCACCUGGGCUGCAAGCUAUGAAGACUUCUACCUCUCCUGCUCCCUCAGCCAUGGCGGCAAGGAGCUCUGCAGCCCCCUACAAACGAGAAAAGCUCACGUGUACAAGUACCUCUUCCAUCUCAUCAUCUGGGACCAGCAGAUCUGCUUCCCAUAUCAAGUGAACCGUCUACCACGAGAGACACUCUUGACAGCCACACUCUAUGCCAUUCCCGUUCCUCCUCCUGGGAGCUCUUCAGAGACAAACAAGCAGCGCCGGGUACCCGAAGCCUUGGGCUGGGUCACCACCCCACUCUUCAGCUUCAACAAAGUCCUGACCUGUGGCCGGAAACUCCUGGGCUUGUGGCCAGCAACUCAAGACCCUUCCAGUGCCAGGUCAAGUGCUCCCAACUUCAACCAACCUGACAGUGUUAUUCUGCAGAUUGACUUCCCCAGCUCAGCAUUUGAAGUCAAGUUUACCAGCCCGCCAGCAGCAGAGUUCAGUCCUAAGUACAAAUUCAGCAGCCUCUUUGAGGGAGACCAGCGGAAGCUGAAGGAGGUGAUGCAGAAGGAAUCACUCUACUGGCUGACAGAUGCUGACCGGAAGCGCCUAUGGGAGAAGCGUUAUUAUUGCCAUUCUGAGCCAGGCUCAUUGCCUCUGCUGCUUGCUAGUGCCCCAAGCUGGGAAUGGGCUUGCUUGCCUGACAUCUAUGCCCUGCUGAAGCAAUGGACACACAUGAAUCACCAGGAUGCCCUUGGGCUGCUACAUGCCACGUUCCCAGAUCAGGAGGUGAGGAGAACAGCUGUGCAAUGGAUUGAUUCCAUAUCUGAUGCUGAACUGCUGGACUAUCUGCCUCAGUUGGUACAGGCCCUCAAAUACGAAUGCUACCUUGACAGCCCCCUCGUGCGGUUUCUCAUGAAGCGAGCCAUCUGUGACCUGAGGAUCACCCACUAUUUCUUCUGGCUGCUGAAGGAUGGUCUUAAGGAUUCUCAGUUCAGCAUCCGUUACCAGUACCUACUGGCAGCUCUGCUGUGCUGUUGUGGGAAAGGUCUGCGAGAGGAGUUUGACCGCCAGUGCUGGCUUGUUAACACUCUCGCUAAGCUGGCUCAGCAGGUCCGUGAGGCUGCUCCAUCAUCCCGACAGGCCAUCCUUCGUGAGGGGCUAGAGGACGUAAAGCAGUUCUUCAAUGUCAAUGGCUCCUGCCGCCUGCCACUUAGCCCCAGCCUGCUGGUGAAAGGGAUUGUGCCCAGGGAUUGUUCCUAUUUCAACUCAAAUGCUGUCCCUCUGAAGCUCUCCUUCCAGAACGUAGACCCUCUUGGGGAGAAUAUCCGUGUCAUUUUUAAGUGUGGAGAUGAUCUCCGGCAGGACAUGCUAACCUUACAGAUGAUCCGCAUAAUGAACAAGAUCUGGGUGCAGGAAGAUUUGGACAUGCGCAUGGUCAUAUUCCGCUGUUUUUCCACAGGCCGCGGUCGGGGGAUGGUGGAGAUGAUCCCCAAUGCGGAAACACUGCGAAAGAUCCAGGUGGAGCAUGGGGUAACAGGUUCAUUCAAGGACCGUCCCCUUGCAGACUGGCUGCAGAAGCACAAUCCCAAGGAGGAUGAAUAUGAGAAGGCAGUGGAGAACUUCAUCUACUCAUGUGCUGGCUGCUGUGUAGCCACUUACGUGCUGGGAAUUUGUGACCGGCACAAUGACAACAUCAUGCUCAAGACGACUGGCCAUAUGUUCCACAUCGACUUUGGCAGAUUUUUGGGCCAUGCUCAGAUGUUUGGCAACAUCAAGAGGGACCGAGCUCCAUUUGUCUUCACAUCAGACAUGGCUUAUGUCAUCAAUGGCGGCGACAAGCCCUCCAGUCGUUUCCAUGACUUUGUUGAUCUCUGCUGCCAAGCCUACAACUUGAUUCGCAAGCAUACCCAUCUCUUCCUCAAUCUGCUGGGCCUGAUGCUGUCCUGUGGAAUCCCUGAGCUCUCUGACCUUGAGGAUCUAAAGUACGUCUAUGAUGCUCUGAGACCACAGGAUUCCGAGUCAGAUGCCACCACCUAUUUCACCAGGUUGAUAGAGUCGAGCCUGGGCAGUGUAGCCACAAAGCUCAACUUCUUCAUUCACAAUCUGGCACAGAUGAAGUUCACAGCUUCAGAUUCCCGGCCAACCCUCUCCUUUGCCCCUCGUGUGCACACCAUCAAGACGUCCAGCCGGAUCCUUGACGUCUUCCUCUGCCGCCAUGAAAAAGUUUUCAAUCCCAGCAAGGGCUACAUAUACAUUGUGAAGGUGAAGCGAGAGAACCCUUCAGAGCUCACCUACAUCCAGCGCACCUUUGAGGAGUUUCAAGAACUACACAACAAACUACGCCUCAUUUACCCCUCCUCACUUUUACCCAGUUUUCCUAGCAGAUUUGUGAUUGGACGGUCACGGGGAGAGGCAGUGGCUGAGAGGAGGAAAGAGGAACUAAAUGGCUACAUCUGGCAUCUGAUCCAUGCAACCCCAGAGGUGGCUGAGUGUGACUUGGUAUAUACAUUUUUCCAUGUCCUUCCAAGGGAUGAAGUUGCAGCAGGCACCAAUCCAGCUCCAAGACCUUCAGAUGCAACAUGGUCCCAGCCUUUUGGAAAAGUGGGUGGGGAGGUGAAGCUUUCAAUCUCCUACAAGAACAAUAAGCUCUUUAUCAUGGUGAUGCACAUCCGAGGUCUGCAGCCUCUCCAGGAUGGCAGUGACCCUGACCCUUAUGUGAAGAUUUACCUUUUGCCCGAUCCCCAGAAAACUACCAAGAGGAAAACCAAAGUUGCUCGAAAAACCUGCAACCCAACUUACAAUGAAAUGCUUGUCUACGAUGGGAUUCCCAAAGGAGACCUCCACCAACGGGAGCUGCGUCUCAGUGUCCUGAGUGAAGAGGGCUUUUGGGAGAACAUCCUCCUUGGGGAGGUCAUUAUCCGACUACGGGACCUAGAUCUGACACACGAGAAGAUGGGCUGGUUUAAAUUGGGCUCUAGGAGCCACGGGACCAUGUGAAGAGCAAUAAAGCAGCCACAGUAUCUUUGGAUGGAACUACUCUGGCCCCAUGGAAAUCCCUGGAAAUUGGUGCAUGUUCCAGGAGUUGUAUCCUGGUGUAUCUGAAAGGAUUUAGUUUCCUGAAAAUAAGAAGGAUGGAUAUAUUGUUUCUCUGCAAAUGAAGGGUUAAUUUCCUGUGGAGAGUAAGCAUUUUAUGGUUGAGUCACAAUAGGAAAUCCUGUUAUGACUUGAAAUGGCUGCCGUAGACUUAUCUUUUUAUACAUUUACCUUGUGUCAAGGGAGCAACAACUUACAGUGCGGGAGGGGUGAAAUAUUAAGGGUUAUUUUUUCUCCCCUUUGGGAUAUUUUAACUGUUUUAUAAAAAGUAACAAAUAAUUUGAGUCCAGAUGGAAUGGACAUGGGACACUUGCUGAGAAGGAACUUUGCAGCGUGAGGUAUCAUCAGUGAAGUUCUCACCAGACUUUCUCAAAGGAGUGUUUUAAUUUUUUUUUUUAAAGGAAUGUGUGCAGAAGAACUAGGGGGUUAAGGGGGAAGAUACCUGGGAUGGGUAUGAAUGGUAGAUUAAAUCCUUAUCUCUGGGAUAGGAGCUAGUGUGCUCCAACUCAAGCCAUCUUGGAAAAUUUGCUUCCAAAGGAGAGCUGUGUAAUUUGUACAUGUGUAGACCUUACAAUUUCUGAUUUCCUGCUAGGAGGUCUGCUCUCUCGGACUAAUAUCUGGACUUGUCUGGGGAGGCAGAAAACAACCAUGUUCCUCUUGAUUCCAAACAUUCACCAACAAAGGCCUUGACCAUAGCAAGUGUUUGGGAGCUGUCUGUUAUUUCCACCUUCCUUGCUUGCUGAUCUGAAUUGCCUCUUACAUUUGUCUUGUCUUGGCUAAUCUGAAGAGCUGUAUCUGUUUGGGAUGACUUGUGCUAAGUUUUGGAAGAGAUAAAUUGGCAUGGACACAAGUAGGAGGCACUGACUGAUCUCAUUCCUUCUCGACUUCAGGGAACUGUUUUUUUGGAAAGAAUUUUCCAACCCUCCUUGUAGCAGUCAGUCUCUCAUGUAUGGUCAUUUCUUUCCAGGUUACCUAACUCCCAUUGCCUGAAGUGCAGAUUACAUUAGCUAAUCUUAAAACCUUUAUAGAUUAACUCUUUUAGUGUCACCACAGGCUCUUCUUCCAAGAUGGUGGGUAGGAGACAGUGGGUCAAGACAAACUUGCUGGGUAAUUGGUAAAAAAAGUAGCCUAGCAUUUGUCACUAAGCACCAAUGAGUUCUUGAAGCCUUUGUACGUACACACGCGCACACACAUACACUGAUUUGCAAGAACUCCUAUAGAACAAGUGGCCAUGAGCCAUUUCUUUGUAGCCCUUUCUUUCGGAAGUUUCCCAGUAUAAAAUGAAGGUGGGUGUAAAUUUACCAACUUUUUGUACCUUUUUCUCUUUACAGUUAUAGAAAGAUCAGUUUUAAAUAAUGUCCUGUUUGGAGAUUGCUGUUUGCUGCCUCAGAUUAAAGCAACAAAAGAUGGGGCGGGUCAUUCCACAUCCCAAACAGGCGCCUUGCUAUUUGCCUUUCCUCUUCUAGUCCUUGUUGAGCUGUUUGUUUACAGUGUUUGUUUACCCACCUUUGCUCCCUAACAGAUGGAAUGUUUCUGAGGAUCGAGAAUAUGAACUAAAAUAUUGCACUUGACAGGCAAUUAGUGUGGAAAUCAGCUGAAUCUGGCAGAGGGAGAACUAAAUUUCCCUUUCCCUAGACUCAAACUUGUCUGAAAGUAGCAUCUUAUUGAAUCUCUGCAGUGCUGCAGGUGGAUUUCAGAGAGGCACAGCAUAUGAGAACCGUUCUUUGGUUCUGUCAUCCAUUCUGUAGGAACGGAGGUAGAGCUGGCACUUAAAGAUACCUGUAUCUUUCUCAGUUGUAAAAUGGUGGCAUUAAGUAAAAAAUAAAUAAAAUGGAAUGGAAUUCUGUGGAAA